AUGAAGCCAUUCAUUCAGGAGCUACUAAGUCGUGAGCAGGAGCUACUAAGUCGUGAGCAGGAGCUACUAAGUCAUAAGCACGAGAUACCGAUUCGUGAGCAGGAGCUACUAAGUCGUGAGCAGGAGCUUCUAAGUCGUGAGCAGGAGCUACUAAGUCGUGAGCAGGAGCUACUAAGUCGUAAGCACGAGAUGCUAAUUCGUAUGCACGAGAAACUAAGUCGUGUGCACGAGAUACUAAUUCGUGAGCAGGUGAUACUAAGUCGUGUGCACGAGAUACUAAGUCGUGAGCAAGAGCUACUUAGUCGUGAGAGAUACUAA